GGGCGUUCGUGCUACUAGUACUACUAGUACUAGCACUUGGCAGUGGCGGCGGCGCAAGGGAACCCGUGAGGAAGAGAGGGGGCGGCGGGCCUAAGAGAAAGAGGGAGCCAAGCAGAUCUGCUCUAUUAGGCAAACCAGAAGCUACUAGCGAGGAGGGUUGUUUCGACCGGAAGCGCAAAGGAGGAUCAGCAAUGCCUGUCCCUUUCAUUGCAAAGUUUGCGGCCUUUUGGGUCGCUAAGAAAGCGACUGUCUACUUGGCUGCCAGGCUGUAUGGCUUCCCAAAGAUCUAUCGGAGGUUGUCAGAAGUGAACAAGCGAGUCCUUUUUCCGAACGAUCCUGCAAAGCAACAAAAGGUGUCCGACCUCCUGCAGAGCACCUUCCGGUUACCAAACAAGAUAGCCCAGCAGUAUAGCGAAUGGACAGGGGCCGUUCAAGCUGUCCCUCCAAGCGUCAAGGCGGUCACCGGACGUCCUUCAAAACCUCCCGUCACUUCUCCCAGAUCGGAGCAACUCAACCUUGUGCCGUUUGCAGCGAAACCGGCAUACAAGAAAGCAGAUGCGGGCAGAGAGAAACUUUUCUUCAGCGCUGCGAUGAGCGAGCUGCAGACAUGCCCCUGCGGCAAGCUUUGGCGACAAGCCCACCCUUCCCCUCCGCAACGGAAGAUUGCUCCCUCUGAUGCUGAGGUGGUGCACUCACUGGGCGUAUCUCUCACGAGCACUUUCUUUGCUCAGCAGCGGAAGCACAGUCUGCAUGCACUCAAAAGCCCAGCAUUGCCUUGCCGGAAGCCAAAAGUGUGGUGUCAAGCACAAGGGCAAUCGGGGAGCCAAAUUACAGAUCUCCCAUCUCGGGAAAGGGCCGGUCCUGAUGGGAAGAGCGAAUCAGCUGGCAUUCGCGUAGAGACCGGAGACAAGCAAAAGUGGGAGUUUGUGCAUCUGGCCACUGGCAGGCUGCAAUCUCUCCCAAAACGAAGGGGUGCUGGGAAGAAUGGCCAGGAGGGGCAGAAUGUACAGAAAGCAUCUCUUGAAAAAGACGCUGGGUCGGCCCGUGGACUUGAUGGUGGUAGUAAGGAUGCAUCUCCUGAGGAGCAGGGUGGGUUAGGGAGUCGGUUAGCUGCUAACCAGCGUAGUGGUAGUCAGGAAGAGGUCGGGACAUCAGAUCAGGAAUUAGAAGGUGGAUCAGAGGGGGUUCUUUUGGAUGGGGUGGGCGACUCAAAAGGUAGCGAUCAGAGGACGAGGGACGGGCGGUCGGGCCGAAGCAAUGUAGAGGAGCAAGGGAUCAGAGGCGAAGGGAACAGCAGCAAGGGGCUAACGAAAGGGGCCUCAGAACAAGCGUCUCUCAAGCGGGGUGAUGCCUUUCAAAAAGGUGCCAGUGGCGAGAAGGGGGAAGCUGCAAAGUGGUCGCUCGAGGCGAUCUUAGCCGGGCUUGAUCAGAAUGCUCCUAAGGCAGACAGGGCCAGGGUUUUGGACGCAAUCACUGGUUUUGAAGGGGAGCGGGAGGCUGAACCAAGCUCGGACAGUGCACCGAGUCAAAGGAGUCGAAUCGCGACUUCGAGUAGGUUAGGUGAACUUACUGAAGAACCGAGUCCUGAUCCAACGACCAAAUGGGAAGAAACGCCUGUAGAUGUCAGCUGGAAUGCGAUGGGGACGGUAGUGAGCAGAGGCAUCGAGGGGCCACCUGUAGUAGAACCACAGGAGUUUGCGCGCGAGCUCGCAGAGUUGGAGGGGUUUCCAAUCGGGAGGCUCGGGGUCUCAGAGGACCUGGGGGUUCCUGUCGCUUUGGGACUGGGGGCUUCAGAACGUGCAGGAAGUUCCAAAGGCUCUGGGGAUCCCAUCUCCAGGAAAGAGGCACGGGCGCGCGUGCGCGCUCGCAACCUCAGCACGCAAAGAGUGGUUCGCACGCUUGCAUUCCUUGAAGGCGUCUCCGCUAGUCACGACCGGAAAGUUCAGAAACUGUACAAAGAGGAGCUGCUGAAGUCAGCUGCGUUCCAGGAUGAGGCCGAGGCGGUGUCAAUUGGGAGGCCUGCGUUGGAGCUGGGGGAGCUGUUGACACCGCUCGUCGGGCGGCUGAGUACAUUAGAGUUGAAUAAAGUGUUGAAGGGGCUGGGAGAGCGGGGGAACUGGCGGAUGGCCGUGGGGCUGCUGCGGUGGAUGGAGGCGCAGCCGCAAUGUCAGCCGGACGAGUGGAGCUACAGCACGGUGCUGGCUGUCCUGGGGCGGCAGAAGCGGUCGACGGUGGCGGUCGCCGUCUUUGAGCGCAUGGAGUGGCGCGGCGUGCGUGCAAACGAGUACGUGUACAGCGCGAUGAUCGGUUGCUACGCAAACGUCCGCGAGUACAAGGACGCGCUGCGGACGUUCGGCAAAAUGGUCGCGGCGGGGGUCGAGCCGAACGUGGUCACCUGGAGCGCUCUAAUUGACGCGUGUGCGAAGGGCGGAGCCGGCAUUGCCACGUGCCUCAAGCUCUUUGAGCGGAUGGAGGCCUCGUUCCAAAAGGAGCUCGACGAGCAAGUGUACAACAUUCUGGGCGACGCCUACGCCAAGCUGGGCGACUGGGAGUCCGUCCAAACCCUGAUCCGGACGAUGGAGAAAAAGGGCGUCCGGCCGUCCGUCAUCACGGUCAAUACGCUAUUGGACGGGAUGGGGCGCGGUGACGCCCCGCUGCGGUCGCUUAUGGAGGUAUACGAGGGCAUGCUCCGAGCUGGGGGCCGGCCGAGCAGCCAUACGUAUAGCAUCCUGGUUAAGGCGUGCGGGUUAAGGGGCGACCUAACCGCGCUCGACCGGGUCUGGGGCGAGAUGUACGGGAACCCGGACUGGGUUAACAGCACGGACAAGGACCGGGUUAAGGUUUACGACACGGUGCUGAGCGUUUAUGCGGAACGGGGUUUGGUCAGCGAUGCGUUGCGGGUGUUCCAGGAGAUCAAGCGCCAGGGUUUGAAACCGGACCGGGUUACGUAUAACCUGCUGGUUAGCGCACUGGGUCGGAGCGGCCAGCUGGCGGAGGCGGAGAAGAUCCUGACGGUCAUGGUGAAAGACGGCUGCCCCCCAAACGUGUAUAGCUAUAUCGCGCUCAUGGAGGCGUAUCUGAGCGCCGGGCAGCUUAUGAAGGUCGACGAAGUGUUCCGGCGUAUUGAGGGGGCAGGGCUCGAGCCGACGGUCUCAGCAUUCAACCUGCUGAUGCAAGCUUACGUCAGCAGGGGGAAUCUCAAGCAGGCGGGGUCGCUGUUGACCGAGAUGCGGAAGCAGGGGCGGCAGCCGAACGCGACGUCGUACGCGAUUCUCAUCCGCGCCCACUCCACGUCAGCUGUCGCCACGUCAGCAAGUGCCACGUCAGCGCCGACGUCAGCAGCCGGGGACGCCUUCCUGGCGCCGUUCCGGAUCGUGGAGCUGUUCGACGAGAUGAAAGAGAGGGAAGCCGUCGGCUUGUUGCCCCGGGAGGCGCUUGCUGACGUCAUCCGAGCGCUGUGCGCGUGCGGGCGGCUCGCGCAAGCGACCGACCCGCUGCGCGAGCUGGUCUCGGUUCGGGGGGGUGGGUCGGAUGCGGCCGCGCUUGGGGAGGUAGUUGUGUCUGCCUGCAUGGCGGGGGGGGAUGUGCAAAGACUCCCAGUAGCGGUGGGGGGUGCGGUGGAAGCGGGUUGGGAUCUGGCGCCCCACGAGUUGCCCGGCUUUUUGCGCUUUCUGGCGGAAGGGCGGAACGGCGGACUGGCGGAAGGGAGUGCGGUGGAAAGAGUGCUCGGGGCACUCCGGGGAGCCCCCGAGGGGGGCCUUGGGCGGGCGCUGUGUGAUGCAACGUUGUCCGGGGGGAGCAACCAGGGGGAAAACGACGGGGGGGAAACGGGAAGUGGGACUGUAACGACCGGAGAGGCGCUGGAUAAGAUUGCGGCACUGCUCGAGGCGAAGAGAGAGCCGAAAGAAGAAGGAGUUGGGGACGGUGUUGCUGAUUGGGAACGUGUUGAUGACGUCACCACCGGCGUCGAUGAAAAACGUGUGGCGGAGGGGGGGCUUGUAGAGACGGAGAGUGCAUCGGGGGUGUCAGACGCUUUGCAGCGGGAUUCGGGGGGGCUGUUCGAUUUCGUUCCGGGCUGUGCUCUGCCGUCGACGGCUGAGCUGGAGCGAGUGUUUGACGGCCUUGGGUUGGGAUUGGAAGAUUGGAAAGGAGGACCCGGGUCUGAACCAGAUUUGCCUCCAGGGCGAUUUAAGAAAAUUCCGGUCGAAGUUCAAUGGCCGCAGCGGCGGCUCCCGUUGCCCUGGGGGGGUCCCGAAGGGGGUGUCGCAACCGGGCGCAGCGCCCCCGCAAAAAGUUCGAAGAACGGGCGGAACGUAAUCCCGGUCAAGGAGGGGGGCCAGAACGGAAGCUUGCUAGAGGCUCCAUCGUCGGCAGAGCAAGAACCGGGCGCUCCGCAAGCUAGGGUGCAAAAACCGGAAGCCAGAGGGGCAACGCCGUCCGCAAAUACUGACACGCGUUAUGCAUCGUUCUUAGCGAGGGUCGAGGAUAGUCUGUCAGCCGAAGACCUGCGGUCGGUUCGUACAUUCUUAGCAGCGUUGACAUCGGAAUUCGAGAGGGGACGUAGUGAGCGGGUUGUGCGUUCGAAAUAGAAAGGAAGUACUUUAAGACUGAAGAUUGGCCUACGAAGGUGUGUUGCAAUUGAAGGACGGACUCGAAAAUUGCGAGCAGACGUGUUUCAAAGUGUUCCGCUUGUCGAAGUGGAAAUCCUGCAUAAGUAGACUUUGCAUUUUUCUUCU